AAAGAACUAACGGUUCUUUAGUAAAUUAUUAUCCAUUCCUUCUUCACAAAACAAAGAUAAAAAACCAGUAAGAAAAUGGCUACCAUUUCAACUGCAGUUCUCCUUUCUCCUCUUCAUUUCCUUCAAAAUUCAGACCCACCUUACAACCUCCUUCAAUCUCAACCAUCUCUUUCUCUACUCUCCAAUUGCAAAAACAUUCAAACCCUAAAACAAAUUCAUUCACAAAUUAUCAAAACAGGCCUCCACAAUACCCAAUUUGCUCUAAGUAAAAUCAUUGAAUUUUGUGCCAUAAAUCCCUCUGGAGAUCUGUCGUAUGCAGUUUCAAUAUUCAAGUCGAUUGAUAAUCCAAAUACUCUUAUUUGGAACACUCUAAUUAGAGGGCAUUCUUUGAGUUCUUACCCAAUUAAUGCUAUAGAUUUUUAUAUUCAAAUGCUCUUUUCUGAUGUUUGUCCAAAUUCUUAUACUUUUCCUUUUGUUUUGAAGAGUUGUGCAAAAUUGGGAAGUAGCCAUACAGGGAAACAAGUUCAUGGGCAUGUUUUGAAACUCGGGCUCGAUGCGGAUCCAUUUGUACAUACUUCUUUGAUCAAUAUGUAUGCGCAAAAUGGGGAUUUGAUUUGUGCACGACAAGUGUUCGAUAAAAGUUCUCUGAGAGAUCCUAUUUCUUAUACAGCACUUAUUACUGGGUAUUCAUCAAAGGGUUAUUUGGAGAAUGCACGUAAGGUUUUCGAUGAAAUGCCUGUUAAAGAUGUCGUAUCGUGGAAUGCCAUGAUUGCAGGAUAUGUUCAAAGCAAUCAAUUUGAUGAGUCUAUAGCGUUUUUUGAAGAGAUGUUAAGGGCAGAGGUUAUGCCUAAUGAGAGUACCAUGCUUAGUAUAGUUUCAGCUUGUGCUCAAUCGAGUAAACUUGAGUUUGGGAAGUGGGUUAGAUCUUGGAUUGACGCAAAUGGUUUUGGAACAAAUCUUAAAGUUGUUAAUGCGAUGAUUGAUAUGUAUGCAAAGUGUGGUGAUCCUACAACUGCUUGGAGUUUGUUCGAGGGAUUACCUCAAAAGGACUUGAUUUCAUGGAAUGUGAUGAUUGGUGGGUACACUCAUGGGAGCUUGUAUAAAGAUGCUUUAUGUUUGUUUAGAGAAAUGCUAGAACUUCAUGUUGUUCCAAAUGAUGUUACCUUCUUAAAUGUUCUUCCAGCUUGUGCUCAUUUAGGCGCUCUUGAUUAUGGAAAAUGGAUUCAUGCAUGUAUAGGCAGAAAUUUUAACCACUUAACUACGAACACUGCUCUGUUUACAAGCCUAAUUAACAUGUAUGCAAAAUGUGGUGAUAUAGAGGCCGCAAAACAGGUUUUUGAUAGCAUGGAAAGUAGAUCCCUAGCUUCAUGGAAUGCCAUGCUUUCUGGACUAGCCAUGCAUGGAGAUGCAACCCAUGCUAUUGAUCUUUUCUCGAGGAUGGUGAAUGAAGGAUUCAAACCGGAUGAUAUCACAUUUGUGGGUAUUUUAUCGGCUUGUACUCAAGCUGGUUUGGUAGAUCUUGGUCGUGAAUACUUCAAUUCUAUGGUCCAAGAUUAUAAAAUUCCGCCAAAGAUACAUCACUAUGGCUGCAUGAUUGAUCUACUUGCGCGAGCAGGGUUGUUUGAUGAAGCAGAAGCCCUUAUGGAUACUAUGCCAAUUGAACCAGAUGGUGCUAUAUGGGGUUCUCUUCUUGCAGCUUGUAAGCUCCACAAGAAGGUUGAAAUGGCUGAAAAAGUUGCCAAACGUCUUUUUGAACUAGAACCCAACAACCCUGGGCCUUAUGUCCUUCUGUCAAACGUGUAUGCUAAUGCAAGUAGAUGGGAUGAUGUAGCUAGAGUAAGAACGAGGCUAAACGACCUUGGAAUGAAGAAAGUUCCCGGCUGUACUUCAAUCGAAAUCAAUAGCAUUGUUCAUGAGUUUCUUGUGGGGGAUAAACUGCACCCACAAAGCGAAGCAAUAUAUGAGAUGGUGGAUGAAGUUGAUAGGCUUCUAUCCUUGAAUGGUCAUGUCCCUGAUACAUCUGAGGUGCUUUAUGACAUGGAUGAGGAAUGGAAAGAAGGGGCAUUAAGUCAUCAUAGUGAGAGGUUAGCAAUCGCCUAUGGGUUGAUUAGCACCAAACCAGGAACAACUAUCAGGAUUGUUAAGAACUUGAGGGUAUGUGGAAAUUGUCAUUCUGCUACAAAGCUCAUAUCAAAGAUUUUCAACAGGGAGAUAAUUGCCAGAGAUCGUAGUCGUUUCCAUCAUUUCAAAGAUGGGCAGUGUUCAUGUAUGGAUCAAUGGUGAAUACUCUCUUCCUUCUAAUAUGAUCUCAUCUUAUUUACACAGAAAUCAUGCUAACUAUCGCUGUACAUGUUACAGAAACUCUUCAUCUUAAUUGAAUAUAUGUUAAGUGGCUAAAAAUCUAGGGUUUAGGUUGUGCAUAAUAAAUUUUUGCACAUACAUAAUCAAAGUUUGAACAAUUGAAAAGCAUACAUGAACAAGAUGAUUGGGAGUUUGAAAAAUUCUUCAUAAAUCUACCCAAACAAGGGGAAGUCAAUUGUUAUUUUGAUGCUUGAGUACAAUUGUACAGAGAAUACAGGUGAAUACUUCUCACUAAUCUCAUUCAAAACCCCAAAAGUUUCUAUUGUUUAGUCACGCAUUCAAAUCUUCCCUUUUGUGACUCUGAAUCCUCACAUACAAUGAUCUUUAAACCCUAAAAGUUUCUUUGCUUAUUAAGAAUACAAUGGUAACAAGACCUAGAUAGUUUGUUAAGCCGGUGGCACGGGAUUCACCUCAAAAGGUGGCAGCUACGGUGGCAGCGGGUGCAGAGGCUGUUUUUCAGAAGUUGCACAGUACAACAAUAUGAAAGCAGCAAGUAACAAUAAUAGAUUGAGAAAAGGAUUGUGUAUUGAUUAAUCAAGCACUUCGAGUGGCUUUCACUCCAAAAUAGCUAAAGGCAUUACACAUCAAAAACAUAAACAUUACUCAUUACAAUCCCAGGUAUAUAAACUACUACUACUACUCAUCCUUGUCUCUCUAACAAUGGUAUAUUACCACUAAGGCACUACUCAAAAAGUACUACUAAAAAAGGAAAUACAGCUAUCCCUUGGUUUAUGCUAUCCUUGCUUUGUCCUUCUUGUCCCCUUCCUAGAGUAAGUGAUUCUCAAUUGUGGUCCCCCUUCUUGAUUCAUUACGUAGUUCUGCCCCGCCUCUUUCACUCAUUUUCUUAAGCCUCAUACGCUACUAUCUAGAAUAGUCGAAAUCGGACAUUGUGGAACAUAAUGUUGAUGUCGGCCCAUCAACUGUCGAUCUGACCAACAUAUAUACUGAAUCCUUAUUCCUUCACAACCACUAGACACCUUUAGUAACUUCACCAAUUCUUUUAUCAGACGGUCUCACCGUGAGACUUGCCAUGUACUUGGGUUAAUAGCCCAAUAAUAAAAACUUUUAGCAUAAUGGAUCUUUUGAAUAGACUCGUCUCACGGUAAAACGAUCUCAUACAAGAGGGGCUAUAGUAACUUUCAAUCUAUCCUUAUCAAGAAUUCACCCACCACCAUGCUAACCAUGGCACCUUAUUAUAACAUGCUCUUCUUAUCCGAAACAUGAUGAACAUUUGAUAAGGUUUGACCUAUGCCAUCAAACGUAUUUGUCCUAACUGCCCCAAUCCCCAGUAUUACUAACCAAAUUGUUGUCCAUUUGAACAACUACACCUUAACACAAUCAUGAGUAGAGAAUCAAGGCCUAUUGGUGUGAUAUUGAAAGAACAAUUCGAAUCAAGAUCCAUUGUUCAUUUGAGCUUUCCUUGUCUCAACAACCUCAAGAAGAAUUAGAUAACUAUCAUCAAUAUCAUUUUGAGCAACAACUGAUAAACUCCCAUAAGCACUACUAACAAUCUCCUUAACCUUAUCUUGCCUCCUAUUCGUGUAAACUUUGUUAAUGUGACCUCAAUUUUGGCAACUGUGACAAACAAUGUUUCCAUAUUACUUAAACAUAGACCUUGAUUCAGAAUUAUUUUUGGCUCUGCUUGAACUACCCUUCUCCUUUUGCCUACCCCUUUCUACAAGAUCCUCAUCAGUAACAUGUGAGUUGUCGUCAUUAUUAAUUAAUUCUAAAUCAACUCUGUUUGUAAUAAGGCCCAAUUGACUUCCUCAAGAGUUAUCUCAUCCCUAUUCCCUACCAUACUUAAUUGUUUCCAAUACUUAUCUUCGGAAGGUAAAGAACAUAACAAUUUAAUAGUUGAGUCCUCACCAUCCAGAGUAACAUCUAUAUUUUCAAAGUCCAUGACAAUAGAAUCAAACUCUGUCAAGAUGACAUUUCAAGGAUUUACCUUCCUCGAGUUUGAAGUCAUAGAGCUUGCUCUUCGAUAACAAUUGACUUCGUCAAGUAAAGCGAUUCUAACAUUGAUUAUAGCCCCGACGUUGUCUCCUCCUUUGCAACUUCCCUCGAUACCUCAUUUGAAAGAGUCGAUUGCAUUUAGGUGAGUCAUUUCAAGUCGAUCUCAUCGAAUUCCUCUUCCGACAUUGUUGAUGGUCUUCUAGUUUUUCCCAAGACUACCCUUCUCUAAGCCAUUUUGGACUAAUGACUCUUUCUUCAACUUCCACAACUGAAGUUGACAUUUUUAUCAAAUUUAUCAUUAUCAAACUUUGAUCUAGCCACGCUUAAAAAAUAUCGCAAACUUCUACAACUUUCAAGAAAUUUUAAUGAACCCAAUUGCAAUUCAACUACAAAUUGAAACUCUAAACCCCUACAACAAUUGCAAUCUUGCUCUUGAUACCAAUUUGUGAGGUCUAAGUGGCUAAUAAUUUAGGGUUCAAGUGUCCACAAUCAAUUUUGCACAUAUAUACUCAAUGCAUGAACAAUUGAAAAGCAUACAUGAACAAGAAUGUAUGAAAUUGAAGAAAAAAAGAAUAGAAUCAAGAACUCACCAUUUUGGAAGGUGAGAAAAUCCUUCAUGCAAAUCAAUGAAAGACUAUAAAACCAACCCAAAUUAGGGGAACUCAAAUGUAUUUAUGAUGCUUGAGUACAACUACAAGUGGGAAGUUCUCAUUAAUAUCACCCACUAAACCCAAGAAUGUCUAGUG